UAUGCUUUACAUGUUUGUGUUGUGUGUGUUGAAGGUGUUUGCUGUAGAAAGUACAGCAUCAGUCUGCCAGAGAAGAUCGAAGCUCUCAGUGGAUCCUGUGUGAUUAUAAAGUGCACAUUUGAGAUUGUGGAAGACAUGGACAAAGAGCUCAAUGAGAGUGCUGCUACAGGAUUUUGGCUCAAAGAUGGAACUAGUGUGAAUAACAAUCUAGUGUUUAACUCCAGAGAUCCCAAACCUAAUCACUUUAAAGGGAAAAUAACUGGAAAACUGCAUGAGAAGAACUGCACCACUAUCUUUUAUGAUGUUAAUUCAAAUCAUAAUGGUAAAUAUUACUUCAGGAUUGAGAGUGGUGCUCUGAGAUACAUUUACACUAAAAUAAUCGGAAACAUCUCCACUAUAAAUGUCAUUGAGUCUCCCCCCAAGCCCACAGUGAAGCAGAAGGAGGUUCAGGAUCAGGAGGAGGUGUUGGGGAGGAGCUCUGUGAGUCUGCGCUGCUCUGCUGAGACUCUCUGCUCCUCUCCUCCACCAACUCUCACAUGGAGCUCCACUCCCAGAAUCCUCCUCAGUAAGAGCAGCAGACAACAGGAGCUCAUCUCUGAUCUGAACUUCACUGCUACUCACCGUCACCACAGAGUCACUUUCACCUGCACUAUAACCUACCAGCUACUGGACAAGAACAAAACAGCACAGGACAACAUCACAUUACAUGUUCAGUAUGCCCCUAAAAUCUCUUCCUCUUCCAACUGUAACAGUGGGAAUGUAUUAGUGUAUGUCUGUGAGGUUGAUGGGAAUCCCUCUCCUGAACUGGAGUGGCAUCUGUCUGGACGUCCUGUCACUAACUCUUCAGACACGUUCAUCAGUGAAGAGCGAUUGGGCAGCACAGGCUUGAGGAGCUCCAUCACUCUACAUCAGUCACUCGCACACACAUCUCUGCAGUGUGUCGGCAGAAACACUCGUGGCACUGAAAGAAAACUGUUUCAACUGAAUCACUUCUCUCGAGAGGCUUCAUGUAAAUAAAUA